UAAUGAUCACCCUUGCAUAUGAACACUGUGGAGGAGCAUAAUUAAUGAUCGCACUUGCAUGUGAACACUGUUGAGGAGCAUAAUGGUAAUUCAUAGAGAAAUGGGAGGCAUAGUCCUAAUCCUGGAGAAAUCAGUUGGCAGUUACAAAAUGGCCUUGGGGGAAAUCUCAGGGUCGAGGUUGGAGCCAUCCACGCACCAAACACAAAACGUCCAAUUGUAGCUACUGCAAAUCUUCGAAGCCUCUUUUGUCCUUUAUAUAUCUCCCCUCACUCUUCUCUCUCUUCAUUCCCACGUUCAUUAUCUUUGAGAGUUUUUUUUGUUACAGAGGUUGGGGGGAGAGAGAGAAUGACGAUCACUGCAGCUCCAUGCGUCAAGGAUGGCAGCCUGAUCGUUCAUGGGAGAGCGGCGCUUAGCUGUGUGCCACCCAACAUCGUUGUAACGCCUGCCGCAUCAUUGUCCGCCUUCCUUGGGGCCUCCUCGACCACCCCAGACAGUCGCCAUGUCUUCAAGCUAGGCAUUCUCCGAGGCUUCAGGUUGAUGUAUCUGUUUAGAUGCAAGAUCUGGUGGAUGAUUCCUCGAAUGGGGAAAAGUGGAAGUGAGAUCCAGGUCGAGACCCAGUUGUUGCUCUUGGAAGUGAGAGAACAAUCUGCAGUGAUUGACGAAGAGAGCAGGGACAAUCAUAUUUACAGUCAUGAUGAAAACAUAUUUUAUAUCCUUUUCUUGCCGGUGCUUGAUGGCCAGUUCCGGACCAGCUUGCAGGGCAAUUCUUCAGAUGAGCUAGAAUUUUGCAUUGAGAGUGGUGAUCCCAAUGUGAAGACUUCACAGGCUUUAGAAGCAGUUUUCAUCAACUCGGGUGAUAACCCAUUUGAGCUCAUGAAGGAAUCUAUAAAGAUUUUGGCAAAGCACAAGGGAACAUUUUGUCACCGUGAUAGCAAAAAGAUGCCAGCAAACUUAGAUUACUUUGGUUGGUGCACAUGGGAUGCCUUUUAUACUGAUGUCAAUCCAGCUAGGAUUAGAGAGGGCCUAAAGAGUUUAUCUGAUGCAGGAGCUCCGGCGAGGUUCCUCAUAAUUGAUGAUGGAUGGCAAGAUACAAUUAACGAGUUCAAGAAAGAAGGAGAACCAUUAAUUGAAGGGACACAGUUUGCUACAAGAUUAGUUGACAUCAAGGAAAAUGAGAAGUUCAAGAAUUCCAGUUCAGAUAGUGCUGGCAGUGGUCUGCAUGAUUUCAUCCAUAGCAUAAAGGAGUCUUAUGGUUUGAAGUAUGUAUAUGUAUGGCAUGCCUUAGCAGGAUACUGGGGAGGAGUUCUCCCUACCUCUCCAGCAAUGCUGAAAUACAAUCCCAAAAUACAGUAUGCAGUUCAGUCUGAGGGAAAUGUUGGAAACCUUAGAGAUAUAGUUGUUGAUAGCCUUGAAAAAUAUGGAGUUGGUUCGAUUGAUCCCGACAAAAUCUUCGAUUUCUACAAUGAUCUUCAUAGUUAUCUUGCAAGUGGAGAUGUAGAUGGAGUAAAGGUGGAUGCGCAAAACAUCAUAGAAACUCUUGGAGCGGGCUUUGGUGGCCGUGUUUCCCUAAUGCAAAAAUACCAGCGUGCCCUUGAAGCAUCCAUUGCAAGAAACUUCAAAGAUAACAAUCUUAUAUGUUGCAUGAGCCACAACUCAGACUACAUAUUCAAUUCAAAGACAAGUGCUGUGGCUAGAGCUUCAGAAGAUUUCAUGCCAAGAGAUCCAACUUUACAAACGCUACACAUUGCUUCUGUUGCAUUUAACAGUAUUCUUCUUGGGGAGAUAGUUGUUCCUGAUUGGGACAUGUUCCACAGUAACCAUGAGACUGCUGAGUUCCAUGGUGCAGCUAGAGCAAUUGGUGGCUGUGGGGUAUAUGUUAGUGACAAGCCUGGUGAGCAUGGUUUCAAAGUGCUUGAGAAGCUUGUGCUCCCUGAUGGAUCAGUGCUUCGAGCAAGAUAUGCUGGAAGACCCACUAGAGACUGCUUAUUUACUGACCCUGUCAUGGAUGGGAAAAGUUUACUGAAGAUUUGGAACUUGAACAAGUUCUCUGGGGUUUUGGGAGUUUUUAAUUGCCAAGGAGCAGGGGUCUGGCCAUGCCAGGAGAAAAUCCAAAUGGAAUCCAAGCCAUCUUUGCUUCUCUCCAGUCGCGUGAGUCCAAUUAAUGUUGAGUUCCUUGAAGAGGUCGCAGGAGAAAACUGGGCUGGAGAUUGUGCAGUAUAUGCCUUCAAUUCAGCAUCUUUAUCCAGGCUUCCAAGGACAGGGCAUGUUGAUAUUUCAUUAGGAGUUCUUCAAUGCGAAAUUUACACCGUGUCUCCUAUCAGGGCAUAUGAUGGGAAAGUUGAAUUUGCACCACUUGGACUAGUUGACAUGUAUAAUUCAGGAGGUGCUAUUCAGGAGAUAGGGUUUACCAGUGAUACUAGUGGGUGUGAGAUAAAGAUUCAAGGUCGAGGAUGUGGCCACUUUGGAGCAUAUUCAAGCAUUAAACCAAGGUUAUGCACAGUGGAUGGAAAAGAGGGGGAUUUUAGUUAUGAGACAAAGGAUGGACUUCUGAUCAUAAAUAUGCCCCCUACCCUUCUCAAUGGAAGUUUAUUGAGGGACAUAGUCAUUGCGUUCUGAAGUUCUGAACUAGGAGCGCAUGAUUUUACAAUUUCCCUUUUGUGUAAGGCUUUUAUGGUUUAAUCAAGAAUCAAAGUUUGUGUAAAUUCAUUCUAAUAUAUUUCAUUGUAAUUAAUUAUUUGUGCGAAAAACUGAUAAAGGGAAAGAUCUAGAUACUGAUAUCGACAUUCUGGUUAAGAUACAUGGAAAUUUGAGAAAGAUGAGAAACAUUUUCUGC